GAUGAGGUAAACCAAGUUUUGACGACUAAUUUGUGGCUGGAAAUGCAAUGGUUUGAUUACAAAUUGACUUGGGAUCCAGCAAGAUGGGGUGGAAUAAGGAAACUGCACAUACCUUCGGACCAAAUAUGGAUACCAGACAUUCUACUUUACAAUUACGCCGACGGAGAGCCUCACAUCAGCAUCAUGAGUGAUGCCCUAGUCUACUAUAAUGGUCUGAUAGUGUGGAAACCGCCGAGCAUCUAUAAAUCUGUUUGUUACAUCAACAUUGAAUACUUUCCCUAUGACUCUCAAAAUUGCGAGCUAAAGUUUGGAGGUUGGAGCUAUAAUGGUUUCCUUCUUGACGUCCGACAGCUGCCAACGAAAGUGGAAAAGAAUACCAGUACUCGGAAGUUGGCAUGGAUCUCUCCAGUUUUCAUCAUUAGUUUUAAUGAAUUCACUCGAUUAAGUUUGACUAUGACUAGUAGUUUGACUAGUAAGUUACACGCUUUUUAACA